AAGGUGUUCCCAAGAGCCCGAGACUCUGUGGCCAGACCUGAGGGAGAGAGGAGCCAUGGGUCGACCGCUCCUCACUCUUGUGUAGCGGCCAAGGCCCCUAAAUAACACCCUCGUGCAUUGUAGCUCGUCGCCUCGCGCUGUCACACUCACCAUGGAGUCCAUCGACACUCUGAAGGAGGAGCUGGAGAGGCUCAACCAGGAGCUGGACCAGACGAGCAGCGAGAAGAACCAGGCGGCCCAGUACGGCCUGGUGUUGCUCGAGGAGAAGGAGAGCUUGCACUCCCGGUGCGAGGAGCUGGAGGCCCUCUACGAGAACACCAAGCACGAACUGGAGAGCACCAGAGAGGCUCUUGCCAAGUUCCAGACAACUCACCGUGUCGCUACAGCCAGUGGUAUUGAGACAGAGGAGAGCCUGCUUUCCGAAUCUGCCGCCAGAGAGACUUCUCUCAACUCUCAAAUUAUCGAGCUUGAACUUGAAGCAAAACAGUGCCGAGCAGAGCUAGAACGUGUUCAGAGUGAGAAGUCUCGUUACUAUGUAGAACUUGCAGACUUGUUGAAAGAUAAAGAAAUUACUGACCAUGAAAAGAAGCAGCUAAAAGCAGAGUUGAAAGACUUGAAAUUUCGUGAAACACGGCUUUUCCAAGACUAUGCUGAACUGGAGGAUGAGAACAUCACAUUACAAAAGCAGAUAUCAAAUCUCAAGUCAUCUCAGGUUGAAUUUGAAGGAGCCAAGCAUGAAAUUCGCCGCCUUCAAGAAGAAACAGAGGUGCUUAACCAACAGGUCGAGGAAUUGGCAAACCUCAAGAAGAUUGCUGAAAGACAGAUGGAAGAAGCCCUGGAAUCCCUUCAAGCUGAAAGAGAAGCCAAAUAUGCCCUUAAAAAGGAACUGGAUGGGCGAAUGAAUUCAGAGUCUAUGUACAACUUGUCGAAUCUUGCCAUGAGCAUGAAGCUCUCAGGUAGUACAGAUUUUGGCGAGAGUGAUGGUGAAGAUGACACACCUGUCCUGCGGAGGUUGGAGUCAGAGUUGCUGAGUGCCGGUGGCGGCACAGCAGAAAUGGGAGGCGACCUUUUCUCGGAGAUCCAUUUGAAUGAACUGCGUAAGCUGGAGAAGAAACUAGAAGAGGCCGAACACGAGAAAAGCCAGUUGACAACCAACCUUAAGGAAAGUCAGGAGGGGCUGGAGAAGACUCGUGGGGAAUUGGAUGCCCAGCAUGCUCGGGUUUCUCACCUGCUAGGUCACAUCUCUGCUCUUGUUAAACUGCACGAUCAGGAGAACCCAACUCAGAUGAAUGCCGAAGACACGGCAAACUUGGUAAGCUUUUUAGAAAAACAGAAAUCUAGGUAUCAAGUUGCAUCCAGAGAGAUAUCCGAAUUAAAGAAGAGCCUUGCAGAGAUUCAGAACUCGGAAAGUGGGUCAGCAAGUGAAGCUGUUCAGCAGCUCCGUAAUGAAGUGGCAACAAUUCGCUCUAGGCUGAUUGAUGCAGAGCAAAAGUCCAUUGACUUGGGUAAUGAUGUGAACGUUCUUAGUCAGAUGAUGAACAGCAGAGAGGGAUCUUUAUCCAUAACGAAAAAUGAUCUAGGGACAAUCAGUGAGGAGCUUGCACAGUUGUAUCACCAUGUGUGCACAGUUAAUGGAGAGACACCUUCAAGAGUACUGCUGGACCACAGUAAACAAGGGCAUAAUGCAGAUAAAGGUGGUGAAGAAGAUCGUAAACCUUCAUCUCCUACUUUGGCUGCAACACAUCUUGAGGCUCUCCGUGCCAAACUUCGCACUGAUGUCACACUUUCUGAUUUUGUGGAUAACAGUGACCCAGUUGCAGUUCGUGAGAUUGUGGACACCAUAGUUGACCAGAUCCGACAUCUUAAGAAAUCUGUAGAGCAUACAAUAGAGCUAAGCAAGGAAAAGGGACUUGCAAGGGAGUCGUCAUCUUCUGAAAGUGGACUAAGUGAGAGCGAGGUGCAGGAGUUGCAAGAACAGGUGAUCAAACUCAAAUCUCUCCUCUCCACAAAGAGAGAGCAAAUCGCUACCCUUCGUACUGUCUUGAAGGCAAAUAAGAACACUGCCGAGGUUGCUUUGGCCAAUCUAAAAUCCAAAUAUGAGACAGAGAAGAGUAUAGUUUCUGAAACGAUGAUGAAACUACGUAACGAACUUCGACUUCUGAAGGAGGAUGCUGCCACAUUCUCCAGUCUGCGUGCUAUGUUUGCUGCUCGAUGUGAGGAAUAUGUAACUCAGCUGGAUGAAGUACAACGGCAACUAGUGGCUGCAGAAGAGGAGAAGAAAACCCUUAACUCACUCUUACGAAUGGCUAUUCAACAAAAAUUAGCUCUUACACAAAGAUUGGAGGAUAUGGAGUGCGACCGUGAAAGGUUCAACAUGAGGAAACACACUGGCAGCCGUGGUAGGGCUCAUGGGUCCCGCUUCAACAACCAACCUCACAGUUCACCCUCUCAACAUCAUUACCAACCAGGAGAAAGAAAAAGGAGUGGACGGCCGACACGUGUUGGCUCUCCAGUGUAUGACGAAGCCAAGGCAAGUUUCAGCAGAAGAUAAUUUGAAUUCUUUCAGGUAUGAUAAUUUAUAGUUCAAUUAACUUUUAUCAACUGUACUAUAUAAUUAUUGAGUAGAUCUAAACCAUUUUGUAAAAUGCAUCGUCAUCUUCAGAAAGUGGAUAAACAGUGAUAUUGGGAGUUAUCUGAAGUGCAGCAGAGUACUAGACAGCAUGCUUCAGUGAUUAUACAUGCUCUGCAAUGUAUUGUGGCUCAUACAUAGUAUCAUAUGGCACAGUAUUCAUACUGAAGUGCAUCAUAUUUGGUAUACAUCAUAUUUUGGCACACGUCCGAUGUACAUCCUAUUGUUGCACAUUUGAUGGUGUACAUUUAAUGGUACAUGUAUGGUGUGUUGUAUUGUUAUUCAGCAUUGUCCAUAAUGGUAAAUUUAUGGUGUAAAAUAUAAAGGUUAAAAUAGAUAUAUUUUAUUUAUGGAGAGAGUAUGGCUUCUGACUUGUAAUUGAUAAAUAUUCUGAGAUUAUUUCUUUGUCUACUCAAAGUGGUCUUCUUCACUUUACAUUAAAUGCAAGUCUACUCAUAAAAGCUUACCUUAGGGAAAUUGAUCUGCAAAAAAAAAAAAAAAGUUUAUAUAGUCUUUUUAUCAUUUGGGUACAUGCAGUAUUUUUAAUAAAAUGCCAAUGUUAUUUUCAUGUUGGUCUUUUUAUCUGCUAUUCUUGUCAGAUUUUAUAUAAUGUUUCACUUGUUUUUUUAAGUGAAUAUUAAGCUACAUGUAAUUUUUUUUAUUGAAUUUGUUUGUGUGUUCAGUGUAGUUUUCCAUUUAUUGUCAUCUGCAUAUCAGUGAAAUUUGAUAUAUGUAUAUUAUGUAGCCAUUAUUUUUAAGUACUUUUUAAUUUAAUGCAGAUUUUUGGAUGAAAAAAUAAUUUGAAAUGGCCAAUAUUUGGCCGGGCCAUCUUGUGACCAUCAUUACUCUAUUUUUGUUUCAUAUCUUCCUUCACGCGUUUGUCUUCAGUGUGUCUAGAAUGUGGGAACAGUCGCACCAUAUCAUGUUGUCCCAAAAAUAUAUGGCUGCUUUGAAUUGCAGCUGUGUUGUAUUGUGUUUUGAAACUAAGAGUAUACUUUACGAGUUGAAUGUAGAAGUGAAUGGUCUCGAAACAAAUACAUGUGUUGAAAAAGCAAUCCAUUUCCAAAUGAUAAUUUACAUAUUUUCAGCUCUUCACGAGAAUUCAUACACAUUCUAAACAGAAAUGUGGAAAGAGUCUUAAGUUUAACAAUGUUUUAAAAUUGAACGUGUGUGUCUGGGGGCAUCUGUCUGUCUGUCUGUGUCUGUCUAUUUGUGUGUGUUGUUUUAAAAUUGAACGUGUGUGUCUGGGGGCGUCUAUCUGUCUGUCUGUGUCUUGUCUUUUUGUGUGUGUGCGUGUGUGCAUGCAUUAUCAGAGUAGUAAAGUUUGGAAGUGUUCUGCUUGAUUGCACUUGGUUGUACAUCAUGUUCUGUUGAGCUGUCCUGUCCAGCAGUUUAUUUAGACAAGAAUAUGUAUUAUAAUACCUGGUUGUAACUUAUCUGUCCAUAUAUCAGAACUCACAACUAAGAAAAAUAUGAAUAAUUAAUCUUUUAACAUAACUAGGGGGUUAAUUCAAAAGUGAAUUAAGAUUUGUGUAGAAGUAGUAAAUUGAAAGUCCUAGCGAUACUGUAAGAAAUGGAUUUCUUACAAUGCGGGUUCUGGAACUCUGCAAAACUGUUUGAUACCAAAGUGGUUGUGAACUGUACAGUGAUGUGUCUUAACAGGUCCAUGGUUUUUAAAAAGCUUAAACAUAUAUACACACACACACACACUGCUACGUAAUCCAUACAGUCUUUGCUGAAGACUUAAGUUUAUGCUUUUGUUUGUUCUCGUAUAACCUCAAGUUGUCUUGGCUCUUUCCAUGAUGGAUGCAUCAUUGCACAUGAGAGACCCAUCAGGAAGGCACAGUUUUCCAGGUUGAAAAUAUAUUAGGUGUGUUUCUCCUUUGGCUCUGUGAAAGGAAACCAGUGUCUGUCUGACUUUUUUAAGAGGUCUAUUAUUUGGAUCUGAAACAUAUUUACAACAACCCUUAUUUACUAAUCUUUACCUACUAGUAAUAGCAUUUUGCAAUUGAGAACCAAUCUCUUUCUUUGUAGAAACCAAAGAUGCAAGUUUUCUGUAUACUAAUGACUUGCAAUAUAAUUGAAUAGCAUUAACUCCAAAGUGCCAGGUUGCAAUAUGAUGUGUUAAACUGGUGUUUUAUUGUAGCUAUGUCUCCCACAGAGACACACAUUGUCAUAAGCAGCAUUCAAAAUAUUUGUGCAUUAAAUGUGUUUUUUAGUAUAUGAGCCACAUAGGCUGGUAAGUUUAAAUUUAAAUUUUAAUUGAAGGUGUAUUUUACGUGUUUAAUUCUGACAUGUUAACCUCAGUGCAUCUGUUAUACUAAUGUAAUAUGACUGAAUUUUUAUCAGUAGCUGCUAAUAGAUUUUACCCUUGUUAUCAUGACCCCUGGUUGGAGUAAAGAUUGUAGUUCAUAUUUGAGUUUCUCAAGCUUUGUUCACAUUUCAUUCCCGGUGGCUCCUGUCUGCUUGGAAUCCAAGUUGUUUUAGACUUUAGGAGAUCUUGUUCAUAGCUUUUUCUAUUGAAAUGCAUAUCCUUAAUUUUGUAAUCAUUUGGUAAAUGGUUCAGCUAACUUAUUUUUACUGUCCUAAUUUAUUAACUUUAAGAACAUUGAAAUAAUAAUAUUUAGCAUUGUGUGGCUAUAUUCAAGUAAUGUGUUCAGGAUAUGGCAGAUUUAAAAAAUAUUUUAUGGUUUGUACAGCUAGCAAGAACGGUGCGCAUAGUUUUGUUUGUGUACAUGUCUGGCAACCAGUUAUGGGCCUUGCUAGGUGUGAGACUUUGAGAGGUACAGUGAAAGCUUUUAGUGGGAGAUCAAUUAUUAGUCAAUUUCUUCUACAGUAAUUGUAAUGAAUUAAAAUGUUUGUGUUUUUUAUCUUCAGCUAAAAAUUACUUUUAUGGAGUAGUGGAUUGGUCUGUAGGAGUGUGCCUUACAUUUUAUAGGCACUCAAGUUUUGAGGCAAAAAAUGCUGAUUGGCAUUUUAAAGUCUCUUCUGGCAAAACAUAAUUUUUUUUUUUAAACGUUGAAGUAACUAUUAAAAUAUUUGUAUUAUAUUUUCAUGAUUACUAUUAAACAUAAAUUAAUGAGACUAUAGUCAUACUGUUUCACUGUAACUGUCAUGCAGGAAGACUAUUGCUGGUGAGUCAAGUGAACUGCCUUACAAUAUUCACUGAGGAACUAGUGUUAGCAUUGUGCUUAAAACCCCCAACCAUAAUCUCUCUCUGCCUUUGAUGUUACAGUUUAGCAGCAGCACCACCACCUCCUUAACACAUCUUUCUUAACCACUUGACACCUGAGGAAGGACAUUAGGCAGGACAUCCUUACCUCUCUCUCUCCCCCAGUCUCUGGCAAGGUUUGAAUUGAAGUGAAUUUAAUCCUUACGUUGCUCCAAUCUCCAUUUUUUUUUAUGUAAACGACGAUACAAAACUUUAAAUAGCCAAGCCAUGCAAUGGUCUAAAGUAUGCAGUAGGCCUUGUAUAGGAAUGGUUCCAUUGACAGGUCUUGGAAAAGGAGAGAGGUGGCAGCAUGUUUUGCACAUUUUCACAGGUGAUCAGUGGUUGAGUUGUUUGCAGACUCUAGUGUGGAUUGGUAUCAUUUAUGUGUGGUUAUUGCAGUAUUGUAUGCCAACUCAUCUUUUUUAUAUUGUUUUCUAUAAAAACUAUAAGGAGUAAAAAUUAACUUUUUAAAAAAUACACUUCAUAAUAUGAAAAGAACACUUUACAAUGUUCUGUAUUAAGAUGAUAAUGAAAAUUUCUGGAAUAGGAAAUUUGUAGACAAAAUUCAAUAUUAAUAAAUUGAUAUUUUGCUGGAAAACAUAAUAAAUACACUAUCAUUACAUUAUCCUUGAGGUAUAUUGUCCAUGAUCUUUAUUACCUGGUUGGAUCACAUACUGAAUGUGUAGUAUUAUUGAAUAUCCUAAAGUUAAAAUAAUUUAGAAUGAUCAUUCCGGUGUUUAAGAAAAGAUAUUAGGGUAAAUUAUAUCAAUUGAUCCCUCUUUCAUAAAUAUAGUUUUUCAGAUUAUAGUUUAUUCAGAUUCCUAUUUCAUGAAUGUCAGAAUGAUAAGAACUUUUGUAAGUAGAAUACUCUUGUAAAGUGCCCCUGGGUCUGUAUUUCACAGUUAUACGUGUGCACAGAAAUGGUCGCUGCGGCAUCCACAGUAUUUUUACUUUUGUAUCUGUACUUCUUCACCGAGGACUGUAAACUUAUUUGUACAAUAGGAUCCUAUUUACAAUAAAACUGAAAAUUUA